AUGGCGACCAACGGGACAUCCGUAUCACCCAACAAGGUGGCCAUCGUCACCGGUGCCUCUUCCGGCAUGGGAACGGCCUUGUCCAAGCACUUUAUCGGCAAAGGGUGGAACGUGGCCCUCCUGGACGUGAAUGACAAAGUGGGAAAAGAUCUCGCAUCCUCCCUGGGCCCCAACGCGGCCUACUUCCACGCCAACGUCGCCUCGUACGCCUCCCAGGCGGCCGCCUUCACGGCCGUCUGGGAGCGCUGGGGCCGCCUCGACGCCCUGCUCGCCAACGCGGGCAUCGUCGACCAGUCCUCGCUCUACAUCCUGCGCCACCGCGGCGCCUCGGUCGCCGACGUCCCGCCCGAGCCAAAUCUGCUGUGCACCGACGUCGACUACAAGGGCGUGCUGUACGGCACGCAGCUCGCCGUGCACUUUAUGCGGCACAAUCCCCCAGGGAGCGGCGGCCCGGGCGGCAAGAUCGUCUGCACGGCGUCCAACGCGGGCGUGCACCCGCACCGGUCGUACCCGGAGUACAACGGCGCCAAGGCGGGCGUCGUGCAGUUCGUGCGCACCGUCGCCGACGUGCUGGCCGCCAAGGAGCGCGUCUACGUCAACUGCGUGUGCCCGGGCAUCGUGGCGACCGCCAUCGUGCCGCCCGAGAUGGUCGCCGCCGUGAGCCCGGAGUGCAUGACGCCCGUGGGCACGAUCGUGCGGGCCUACGACGGCUUCCUGGCGGGCGGGGACGCGCGGUUCGGCGUCGUGGCCGAGUGCUCGGGCGAGCUGGUCUCGGAGCUCGACUACUCGCAGCUCAAAUUCAAGAACGGCCGGCCCAGCGAGCGGUCGGUCACGGUGUGGGAUCCGCUCUUCAGGGACAUGCACGGGGAGGACAGUGGGUUGGCCGAGGCGCUGCCUUGA